AUGGUGGAUGUGUGGAAUGUGGUGGUUGGGUUGAAGCCCGCGAUGUUGAUGGUGGUGCUUCAGAUAACAUUCGCCGGCGUCAAUGUGCUGUACAAGAUCGCGGUCAGCGAUGGCAUGAACCUGAGAGUCGUCAUUGCUUAUCGAUUUAUCUUCGCCACUGCUUUCAUUGCACCUCUUGCUCUCGUUCUGGAAAGGAACAAGAGACCAAAGAUGACUUGGAGCAUACUGUUUCAGGCAUCUCUAUGCGGGUUAAUUGGAGGAGCAGUGUCACAAAACCUAUACUUGGAGUCAUUGGCUUUAACAUCAGCAACGUUUGCUUCGGCCAUGGCCAAUCUUACUCCAGCUAUCACGUUCUUGAUGGCCGUCUUCUUCCGUUUGGAAAGAUUUAAUUUAGGUACAACAGCAGGAAAAGCCAAGAUUAUUGGAACAUUAAUAGCAAUAAGUGGGGCUAUGAUUCUGACAUUUUUCAAAGGUAUAAAUAUAAAUUCAGGCUCCAUCCACAUCACCUUGUUGCAUCAUCAUAACAUACAUGUGGCAUCACCACAAUCCUACUCCAAUGGUAAUAAGGCUCUCUUGGUGGGCACACUUUGUUCUCUAGGAAGCAGCUUCAGUUAUGCUCUAUGGCUCAUCAUUCAGACAAAGAUAAGCAAGAGUUACCCAUGUCAUUAUUCAAGCAUAGCUUUGAUGAGUGUCAUAGGGUCAAUCACAUCUAUUGCUUUUGCUCUUUGUCUUGAGAGAGAUUGGACUCAAUGGAAAUUGGGUUGGAAUGUCAGACUUCUCACUACUGCCUACUCGGGAAUAGUUGUGUCUGGAAUAAUGGUAGUGGUGAUGGCAUGGUGUGUAGACAUAAAAGGCCCACUUUAUGUAUCUGCUUUCAAUCCUCUUAUGCUUGUCUUUGUGGCCUUAGUCGGUUUUUCCAUGUUGGACGAGAAGCUAUAUCUUGGAAGCAUAAUUGGUGGGUUGUUGAUAGUGUGUGGUGUGUAUGCGGUUCUAUGGGGAAAAGACAAGGAGAUAAAUCCAAUUGUUCCUUCACGAAGCCUUCACGAAAUCACAGUGAGAUCUGCUGCAGAAGAAAAACGUAACCCUCAUAAUAACCAUCGUGAGGUUGAGUUUGUUAGGGAUUACCAUCAUUCUUCAAAAAAUACAAGUGAAGUAGUGCGAGAUAUAUAG